CAGAGGGGAAGUGGCCAGCCUUGCGGUUGAAACACAGCCGCAUAACAACACUACUUCAGGCUGCCUCGUACCAGAAGGUCGAAUUCGAAACAGCCUUACUGAUCCCUAUCACAGUGCUCUAUUUGAAAUCCGUCAAGUCCCCAGUUGAGCCAUGGCUGUUCGGCGUCAAUCUGAACUUCACAGCUCGAUACAAAAACAAUGCUGACACCUCAAUACUCGACUGCCAUACCAUCUCGAGCGAGUUUAUCAUCUCCACGGCUACCAUUGGACGAUGGUGAACGCACUUCUGAUUCCCCUUCGCCCAACGUGGCCAGCGUUGCGAGAGGCGCCGAUCGUCCCGCCAAUCCAAGAGAUGAAAGAGCCUAUUCGAGGCCUGCAGCCAGGUGCGAUACCAGGCAACAAACGACAACUGCAUCCUCGUCUACCAAAUCUGAGCGAACAGGACAACCUAGUUCAUCAAAUGAUAGGACAAUCCAACGUUAUUUGAGGAAUACCGCCAAUGUUGAUCAGACUAUCGUUUGUUUGGAACAAAUACUGUCUGGGACAGCCUUCCCGACACCGCGACCUUGCGAUCCUCCAAACCCUAGCACUAACCCUGCUAGCGAAACCUUGUCAACAUCACGUACUGGGGAUACAGCUCAGGCUGCAAGCCGUCGAGAGAAGGAUGACGCACCUUUUGCGACUGAGGAUAUCAUCCUCGAAAAUCGCAAUAUAAUGACGCGAGAAUACAAGGAGGAGAACAGGGGAUGUGCGUACAUCUACCAAGACUGUAAGGACAAGAGUCAGUACUUUAAGAUUGGCUCCACGGAUCGGAUACAAGCACGCGAGAGGGAACUUCAAAAUCAGUGCAAGCAUAUAGGCUGGGAGCUAAUUCCGGAGCCAAAAUUCCCUAUCUGGCAGUAUAAGCGACUGGAACGGCUUGCUCGGAGUGAGCUGAAAGGCCUGAGAUACGACCCCAACUGUGUCUGCAGUACCAAACAUCGACAGUACUUUCGUGGCUCCAACGCUACUGCAUCUGAGGUCCUGGAGCACUGGUCUCGAUGGUUUGUGAACCACGAGCCGUACGACAAGGAAAAUAGAUUGAAACCUUUUUGGGUGGAACGACUGGAGACUUUCACCACGAAUAAAAACGGACUCGUAUACUUUGACUGCCAUGGGAACAAGUGCUCGCGGCGAGAGUCCAAGUCUAUUGCCUGUCAGGAGUGUCUCCGUGCAGGAUGGAAGGCGUGGACAGAGCCAACGAUCUUAGAGAAAGCUGGCUAUGUCUGCCAAACUUUCAUCAGGACUUUAGGACAGCACUCACCGGUCCCUACAUACCUCUUGGGUAUUGUAGGCGGUAGGCUUCUUAUACCGAUAAUGCUUGUUCUUUUGCAGGGUCUUGAGGUUUCUUUCAGAACCGUUUUCGAUUUCUCUAUCUGCAUAUGUACUUGA